ACUAGGAUCACGGAGGCAAUGAUUAAAGAGAGAAAUACUACUGAAAUCACCCAGUUCGUCCUCCUGGGAUUCUCUGAUUUUCCCCAAAUCACAGCACUGCUCUUUGUGAUAUUUCUCAUCCUUUACACUACAGCGCUGAGCUGGAACCUGUGCCUUAUUGUUUUAAUACGGAUGGACCCCUGCCUCCACACACCCAUGUAUUUCUUCCUCAGUAAUCUGUCCUUCAUAGACCUCUGCUACAUCACCUCUACAGUCCCCAAAAUGCUUUCCAACUUCUUCCAGGAAAAGCAAACGAUCAGCUUUGUGGGCUGCAUAGUUCAAUACUUUACCUUUUCCAUGAUGGGGCUAAGCGAAUCUUGUCUCAUGACAGCCAUGGCCUAUGACAGAUAUGCUGCCAUUUGUAACCCCUUGCUCUAUUCAUCAAUCAUGUCACCCACCCUGUGUGCUUGGAUGGUGACGGGAAGCUACACCGCAGGACUCAUGGGGUCUUUAUCUCAGAUAUGUGCCUUGCUGCAGCUCCACUUCUGUGGACCUAACAUCAUCAAACAUUUCUUCUGUGACAUGCCCCAGCUGCUAAAUCUAUCCUGCACAGACACUUUCUUUGCACAGGUCCUGCUUGCCAUACUAACGAUGUUGUUUGGUCUUACAAACGCCUUGGCCAUAAUGAUAUCCUACGGCUAUAUCAUCUUGUCCAUCAUGAAGAUCACUUCAGCUAAGGGCAGGUCCAAGAGCUUUAACACCUGUGCAUCUCACCUGACAGCUGUUUCCCUAUUCUACACCUCUGGUGUCUUUGUCUAUUUGAGUUCCAGCUCUGGUGGCUCCUCCAGCUUUGACAGAUUCACAUCUGUCUUCUACACUGUGGUGAUUCCCAUGUUGAACCCUUUGGUUUACAGUCUGAGGAACAAGGAAAUUAGAGAUGCUGUAAAGAGGUUACAGAGGAAGAUGGGAAGCUGCUAA